AUGAGGUUCACCCAUCUCGUUGGCGGCCUCGGUCUCGUUGGCUCGGCGCUCGCCUCUCGACCCGUGCGCCAGACCCCACGCGACUACUUGAAGAACGACUAUUACCUCUUACAUCUAGAUGAUGGUGUGUCUCCCCAGGAGAUAUCUCGUCAACUUGGCCUUCAAUGUACCUCGGAAACCUUGGACAAAGAGGACGAUACCCCCUCCCCCGCGGGAUUUCUACCUCGCAAAGACGAUAAGGCCACUGCUUACCCCCGAAUCGAGAGCCCGAAUGCCUCUGCUCUUACGAAGCAGCGAGAGGUUAUGGACACACUUGAAAUCAGUGACCCUAUAUUCAAAAACCAAUGGCACCUUCUCAAUACGAUCCAGGUUGGUCAUGAUGUCAACGUCACUGGCGUCUGGCUUCAAGGCAUCAAGGGCAAGGGAAGUAUCGUCGCUAUGGUAGAUGAUGGCCUCGACAUGUCAAGUCUAGAUCUUAAGGACAACUACUAUGCUGAGGGAUCCUGGGACUUCAAUGACCCUGGACCGGAGCCCAGACCUAGACUAUCUGAUGAUCAUCAUGGCACGCGCUGUGCUGGAGAGAUCGCGGCCGUACGGAACGAUGUCUGUGGCGUAGGUGUAGCUUACGAGGCCAGGGUGUCCGGCCUGCGGAUUUUAAGCAAGCUCAUCAGCGAUGAGGAUGAGGCAGUGGCCAUGACCUACGAUUACCAAAACAAUCAAAUCUACUCCUGUUCAUGGGGCCCGCCUGACGAUGGUCGUUCCAUGGAGGCGCCGGGUAUCCCUAUCAGGCAAGCAAUGCUGAAAGGGAUUCAGGAUGGCCGCGGCGGGCUAGGGUCCAUCUACGUGUUUGCAAGCGGAAAUGGAGCGGCGAACGAAGACAAUUGCAACUUCGAUGGCUACACCAAUUCUAUCUAUAGCAUCACAGUUGGGGCAGUGGAUCGGGCAGGGAAGCACCCGUACUACUCUGAGCAUUGCUCGGCCCAACUUGUGGUCACCUAUAGCAGCGGGAGCAGCGACGCGAUUCAUACUACUGACGUUGGUACCAACAAAUGCUACACUGGACACGGAGGCACAUCGGCAGCCGCACCACUUGCCGCCGGCAUCCUUGCCCUUGUCCUUGAGGCACGGCCAGAGCUCACAUGGCGAGACACUCAAUAUAUUCUGAUGAAUACGGCUGUGAGAAUUGAUGAUGAGGGUGCUGAUUGGCGGCCUACUUCAGUUGGGCGGCAGUUUAGCCACACAUUUGGAUACGGCAAAAUCGACACGUACGGUGCAGUUGAGCUGGCCAAAACCUGGUCCAAGGUCAAGCCUCAGGCCUGGUUCUUCUCCCCCUGGAUCCAGGUCAACAAAGCGAUACCUCAGGGAGAAGAUGGGCUGUCAGGGAGCUUUGAAAUCACGGCUGAGAUGUUAAAGGAAGCUAAUCUUGAGCGGGUGGAGCAUGUUACGGUUACUAUGAAUGUUAACCACACUCGGCGUGGAGACCUCAGUGUAGACCUGAUCAGUCCUGAUAAUGUCAUUAGCCACAUAGCGACUACUCGGAAACUCGACACGGCAAACACUGGUUAUAUCGACUGGACUUUUAUGAGUGUUGCACAUUGGGGCGAAAGUGGCAUUGGCAAGUGGACCAUUGUUGUUAGGGAUACUAAGCAAAACGAAUUUGAGGGGGCCUGGGAGGACGAUGACAACGACCACGCCAACGACCACGCCAGUAUCGCGAGCACCACUGGUGCUGCUACUGCUACCACAGCCCUCAUCGCAACUACCGCAAUCCUUGCCAGCACGGUCUCUCUUCCUACUAAGUCGGCGACUGCUGACCCCGCCACGGCUACUUCUUCGGAGCCUAAUCGUCCACAAAUAAGCAAGCCUACUGGAACACAACAGGGCAGUGCUGAGCAAGCGACAACAACAUCCUCGUCUUGGGUUUCGUGGCUUCCUAGCUUUGGCGUGUCUUCCCGCGCUCAAGUGUGGAUUUACGGAGCCCUUGCCCUCAUUAUCGCAUUCUGUGUGGGCCUGGGCAUCUAUCUCUGGAUGGCUCGACGGAAGCAACUGAGGAAUAACCAAGGGGAAGAUUACGAAUUUGAGCCUCUUGCGGAGGAUCCUGACGGCUACGCGGGUGGCGAGAAGGGAUCCCAUCCUACUGGGCAAUCCCGCCGUACACGUGGGGGUGAGUUGUAUGAUGCCUUUGCCGGAGGUAGCGAUGAUGAUAGCGAUUUCGAGGUUGGGUAUAGAGAUGGUUCUGAUGAGCGUCUGCCUCUCAGCACCCAAAUUAGGGAUGAGGAGGAGCCACACCAUGUCAUCGGCGAGGAUGAUGAUGAAGACGACGAGGACUACAAUCGAACUCAGCAGAACAGACUCUUGGACUCGGGGCGCUAG